CUGAUUUUGCCACACUCAAAAUGGCGCCUUUCAAAAGGUCGCAACCGGGAACUAGUGUUACAAGAUAAUAUGCCCCCCUCUAACUAACCAGUGACAUUCCUUAACGUUCCGGUCCCCAUACAUCUGUUUUGAUUGGUGAUCAAUCGGAGCACAGCACCGCAGUGCUGUUACAGUCAGUCUCAGAGUCCAGGCACUAAUAACAAUGUCAACAUAUUGAGCUUAAUCAUGGAGCAAGCCGUGCCUUUCAGCAUCGUGUCCACCGUCAAAGCGUUGAGCGGAGCGUUGCGGAGAGACGCUGAAAAUGAAGCCGAGAUCAGCCGCGAGCGAGAGAAGCUCUGGUUCAAGGAGAGCAGCGCCAAAAACCUGAGAAAUCGUGACUUCUUGUCACCCAACACGGUUCUGACGACGUUGUACGCCGGUGGAGAGGUCAGUCUGAAAUAUGUUCCCUCUGAUGUUCUCAGUGGUGUUCGCUCUCUUCAUGGCAGUGGUGUAUUGCCGAUAGGAGCCACUGAAGUGACAGCAGAGGGCCUGCGCGUGUGUGUGGAUCGCUGUGCAGCAUUUAAAGGUGUUUUAUGUGGAAUAACGCCAUAUCUGAGACCUGCUGCUCAGAGACAGGGCUGUAUCCUCAUCAACUGUCCUGCCCUCCACACCAAACAAACCAUACCAUCUCCGGAUACACUUGCUCUGGGGCAGUUACGGACCGUUCUCAUUGCUGACCACCUCGGGGCACAUCUCAGAAGACAAGGGUACACCGUGUCCUUUUGUCCAGCCUUGCCACAGGACAGUGACAUUGUCAACUUUCUGAAAACACUAGGCAUUGAUUGGCCGACAGUGCCUGUCAGCUGGACCAAUGAGGACAGGGAGGAGAAGAUGAAAAAUGCUUUAGAGAACUCAACCUAUAGAGACAGAGAGAUAGAGAGGGGGAAAAGGAGAAGCAGAGGAGAGGAAAUAGAGGGAGAGAAAAGAGGGAUAAAAGAGGAAGUUAGGAUAAACCUUAAACAAGUGGUACAGGACGGGAACGUUCAGGGAUAUGAUCCCAGUCUUGGCUCUUGCACAGUGCAGAGAGAAGCUUCGUGUCAUCUGGCCCAGCUGGACAGUGCAACCGCAGAUCUCCCUGUCUCUAUGGCAACAGUCCUGCAUGUCACUUCCUGUCAGGAUGAGUUUCGUCAGCAACAAACAGCCAUGUUGUGGAGAGCGGCGGGUGCAACAGCAGCGCAGAGAUUGGUGAUUUGUGGUCCUGUUAAAACUCUUGGCAUUCAGAUGAAUGCAGCUCAGUAUCUUCAGUUAAGAAAAGCUCAGAUGAAAGAGGCCUCAGAAAUGAAGUAUGGAGACCAAGUUGAAGGUCAGACAUGGGAUGACAUCAUUAGAGUCAUGACCUCGGCUACCGUGAGGUUUGAACUGCUGUCCACAGUGCACACAAGUCCGGUGACCUUAGACGUUCAGCGGGACAGUGGUGUGUCCACAAAGGGCCCCAGGGGUGGAGUCUUUGUCAUGUAUAACUGUGCUCGUCUUCACACACUUUUCAGCAGCUACGAGAAAGGGGUGGAGCAAGGUCAUUAUCCUGAAAUCCCUGAAGGCGCAGAGCUGGACUUUUCUGCCCUAAAAGAGGAGGGAGAGUGGCUUCUUCUCUUCAAUUACCUCAUUCCAUUCUCUGAGCUGCUGGACCAAUCAGGACAGAUCCUAUGGCAUGAAGGGGGUUCAGCCAGAGUUAAUUUAAGGACUGAACAGGUGUGCAGAUUCUUGGUGUCUCUCAGUAAAGAUUUUAGCUCCUACUACAACAGAGUCCACGUCCUUGGGGAGCCCCUGCCUCAUCUUUUUAAUCAGAUGUUUUGUCGUUUAUUGUUGCUGAGAGCAUUAAGAGAACUUUACCACAGCGCCCUGGACUCCCUUAAUCUUCCCCCAAUUCCCCAACUAUAGCAUCUCCUCUGCAGACAUUAUACACCAACAGCCACAAACUCUCUCCCUUAACAGCCAGCACUCUUCCAUUUUUCUCAGCUAUUACACUUUAGAUACGUUCCUCAUAGCCAUAAUUGCCUGACCAUCUAGUCAGAAUAGUCCAAUAGUCCUCUUGCUCUUUAAAAUCAACAGUUUUACCACUGAAAUGCACUACAGGAUGCAGGAUGGACCCCACUAAAUCUGUCACUAUUCAACCCUUUCAUCCAAUAAAUUCUAUUUAGUCUGAGAAUUCGCCCCUACCAAUGUCAAAAGAAGUUGCUUUCUUUCACAGUGAAUUUAAAUUCUCCUGCACCAUAACCAUAGAUUCUGACCUCCUGCAUGAAUAUGUAUUCUGUGUAAUAAUGUUUAAUUGGUGUAAGUGCCUAUUUGUUCAACUCUGAACACAUAUUGACAGUGUAGCACAUUUGUUCUCACAGUCUGAUAGAUGCACAUGCAAUAAAGUGUCUGUCACCAAUGUUUCUUAUUAAGAAUCAUGUCAGCGUGGUUGGCGAUCAUAUGGCAUUCUUGAAAUGUCAUGAUCUGGGAUACUACUUCCUUUAAUAAAAAUAUAGUCUUAUCUGUACCAAAUAUAAAGUCUUAAUUCUCGAGUUUUCCCCAGUGUCCCUCACUGUUUAUGCCACUCAAAGUGUACAGGUGUACUACUGAGAUUCCUCGUGUGCCAUAUGGUUGAGAUGCGUUGGUACUCUCACUUUUCACAGAUCUGUGCCAUACGCCACACAGUAUUCAAAGCCCUGAGAGUACUAAACAUGUUUAUUGUGACUGUGUAACAUUCUCACAAUUCAAAGUUUUUGAUAGUGGUGAUUUCACUCAAUGUAUUUAAAAAACAGCAACCCGCAGAGACUUCAUAAUUAAAAGU